UGUAGGACCAUGCAGACCAUCAAAUCUAUCACCUGGGAAUCCAAUUCAGGACCAAGCCAGUCACGAGAGCAAUAUACAUACGAUGGACAGCAAACAUCACUGGUCGGGCGUGCUCGAUUCCGCUGCCGAUGCCGUAGGCCACACCCCGUUGAUCAACUUGCGUCGACUGGCACAGACUUGGGGCAUCAAAUGCAAUAUUCUGGCCAAAGUCGAAUUCUUCUCGGCCGGCGGGUCCAUCAAAGACCGCAUAGCCCUCCGUAUGAUCACCCACGCCGAACGCUCUGGCCUGCUGAUCCCAGGGUACUCAGUCAUCAUCGAACCUACCUCGGGAAACACCGGGAUAGGCCUGGCGCUCCUGGCCGGUCUGAAGGGGUAUCGGUGUAUAAUCACCUUGCCAGCGAAGAUGUCCAAGGAGAAAGAGGCGGUCUUGAGGAGUCUGGGUGCGGAGGUUGUUAGGACCCCGACUGAGGCCGGUUGGGACGAUGAGACGAGUCAUAUACAGAUCGCAAAGAGACUGGCCAAAGAGAUCCCAGGCGGGAUCAUCCUCGAUCAAUAUAACAACAUCCAGAACCCGUUGGCUCAUUACUAUAGCACGUUCGGGGAGAUCCAACAAGCGAUCCAUCCUCAAAAGAUCCACGCCCUCAUAGCCGGCGCAGGAACCGGAGGGACCAUCACCGGUCUCUCCCGUGCUCUCCGGGAUUCCGAACGGGGUCGAUGGCCAUUGUCAGAAGAAGAAGCCGAGAGGGAGGUUAGGAAGGUCGUCAGCGAGUUUGAUAAGGAGAAAGACUUGCUCAUGGACAGCGAGAGAGGGAGUGGGAGUGGGUCGGAGGGCGAGGGAGAGGUUGUCGAGCGCUCCCUGGGCGCUCAAGACGUGAAACCUUCAGUCGAUCAAGCGAUCAACGGGACUUUGAACGGACGCCACGAAAGCUCGCUGAAAGCGGACGAGGGGGAAGACGGCUUGAUGAACAAGCUCGGGAGGGGGCAAGGAAUUGUCGUCGGGGUAGAUCCCCUUGGAAGCAUCUUGGGUGGCGGGGAGGUCGGGCAGUAUGUUAUCGAAGGUAUUGGGUACGACUUUUUCCCAGAAGUCCUAGACCCUUCGUCGAGGUGUAUCGAUAAGUGGAUCAAGACAACGGACGAGGAGGCGUACGAGAUGGUCAGGACUGUCAUGCGCACAGAAUCACUCCUCAUCGGCGGAUCUUCCGGUUCAGCCCUCGCUGGACUGUUCAAAUUCCUCACUCAGACCCGCGCUGGUAAAGAGUUGGCACAGACGGAAGGGAAGAACGUCGUCGUGAUAUUGCCGGAUGGUAUUAGGAAUUACAUCUCCAAGUCCUGGUUUCUUGACCCCGUCCUUGGAGUGCCACCGUCAGAUCUGGGACAGAGUAUCGAGAAGGUGCUCGGAAGGAAGAUGGGGGAUGCGUAUCACGAUCAGCCGGGACAUGGAGAAGCGGAAUCGGCGGUGAAGCAGGUCUCACGUGAUCCAUUCGGGGAGACGAGAUCAGAUAGCGAUAGCGAGUAGACUAUGUGUGUCGUAUAGAAUCUUGUUGUAUUUGCAUCAUCGCAUGGGCUUGUUGUUUAGCGAAUACUGCACAGAGAAU